AUGACGCAAGAGCUCAUCAAGUAUCCUCCCGGGUUUUGCAUGAAAGAUGUCUUAGCCUGGGGUUCAACGGGCCUCGUCUUGCAUGAUGAAGAUUCCCAGACUGUCAUAAAGACCCAUCUCGGGGACGAUGACGACCCUCUCGCGUCCCGAGAACGCGAGGUUUAUGAGCGGUUGGCUCAACGGGGCGGCCAUCGCCGAGUCCUCCGGUAUCACGGAACGGUGGAAUCUGGUAUCCGGCUGGAGUAUGCAUCGAAUGAUGGCAUACGCACCCUUUGCAACCAACGAGAAAGAGCAGCCAUCAGCUCCGGGCAGCGUUUACGAUGGACUACUCAAAUUUCCGAGGCUGCCGGUUUCAUCCACUCGGCCGGAGUUAUUCACGGCGACCUAACAUGCCAGAACAUAUUCCCGGAUCAGAAAUUGGAUAUAAAGCUCGGUGAUUUUGCUGGAUCGUCAAUAGAUGGCUCAGGACUGCUCGUCGCCGUCACACCAAGCCACGAGUGUUCUGGCUCGCCCUUGUCAACACAGCGGGACAUCUUCGCGUUCGGAUCCGUUAUUUACGAACUCAUGACCGGAUCGGCCCCUUACCAAGGUUUCUCCGAUACCGAGAUUAACGCUCGGAACAAAAAUGGCCAAUUUGCCGACACCACAUCACUGGGCGAACUGGGAGCUAUCAUCAGAAGUUCCAUCUCGUUGCAUGUCAACCAAGUUCGGGUGUAGUUGUAAUUGUAGAGUUGUUUAGGGCCCUGCUUGCCAGGCUCGCCGGCUCUUCUUCAGUAUGGUUCCCUUCUUGAAGCUUUUCUUAGCAUUCACGCAUAUUCAUGCCAAGCGAAACAUGGGAAGAUCGUGGUGAGUCAAGAGCAUGAUCACAGCACGAACUGCCAGAACUCGGGAAAUCAUGUUCUCUUAUUUGCUGGGGCUCCGGCCGACCAACGAGCUGCAUGGCUGCCACCAGAAGGGCAUAACUUGCGGAAGGGGUGUCAGGUCAUCGACUCAGUAGCAAGUGCCUGGUACUGCUUAACCGAGUCAUUUGUGCUUGAAGGAUCAUGGUAGGUUCUUAGGCC